AUGCUAGAACAAUAUAUAGAUGUCGUGAUACGAUGGCUGAACGACAGUAACCUCGAGGUGUGGAUGAACUUCCUCCAUGCCUGCGAACUGUUUUGUAGCAUCGUAUUUGUGUUGAUAAGCGUGUUCAUGAUUACAAAGUUACCGUACUUGUCUACCGUGCACGGAAACCUUCGUAUCUUGCUGGUAAGGUUCAAUUGGGUCAAGAUUUUGGGUACUGUAAUGGGAAUGGGAUACUGUAGUAGAGAUAUAAAGUGCUGUAAUGUGGGGUAUGAUAAUUGUAAUUAUAUACCAAGGACAUGCGAAGACAACAUCUAAUACGAAUCUAUAUUUCAGUGCUGCAUCUUCUUCACAUACAAUAUAAUAGCCUUAUGUCGUGUAUCUCUAUUAUCCACACAGACAUAUAACUCCAAAGUUACAGUAGUGGUACUACAAACACUGUUUGAAGUAUCUCUAACGUCUUUAGUACUACUAGUCGCUGUAGAACGAUGGUGUGCCAAAAAGUUUAUCAUAAGAUACGAAAAUGUGCCAUACAGUAUUGGGUACAUGGUCAUGUUUACUAAUGUAAGUUACAGUAACUUUUGACUUCUAUAAGUGAUAAUUUCUGCUUAUAUAUACAUAUAUAUACAGCUUUACAGAGUAAAAUAAAAAAUUCGUAUUUCAGUGUAUAAUCUGCAUAGGCUUAACCCUAUCCUUCUACUGUAAGUACGAUCAGCAACAAUCAGAGAAGGCAGAUCGAAACAGUAUCUACAAGUUCAACUAUAACAUGGUACUACACGCUAACAUAUCAAAGUUUGUGUUAUCAUUCGUGUUUUUCAUGGUAAGUUUUGUAGUACCAUAAUUUUUAAAAUGGCACAGUAGUACUAUUAUGUAGAAACUAUAAGUUUGAAUAUAUUACAGUAAUACUAUCAUUCUGUACCAUACGACAACUUUCAAGAUAAGACAGUACCACUGCGCGGUACAUUUGUAUGUAAUUUUAAACACAAUACCAUGGUACGAAUAUGUAGUAUUGUUUCUUUUGAACACGUUACAGUAGUAAACUUGUUUACCACAUAAGAAGUAGAUUAAGAUUGUAUGCAUCUUCAUUGUAGUUUGUGAGCCUGUUUAUCGUUUUCGGAAAACCACUUACAUUUAUAUUCUAUUAUGGUAUUGUUACAAAAUUAACAACAUUUUUUGCAAAAUUUCGAAAAACAAAAGAUAUUAUAUAUAUAUGUAGGGACUGGUAGUGCCAGACGGACGAUUUCAGUUUGUAUCUGGAGGGGGAGGAUGGUUUAAAAGAUAGAAGACAAGAUAAACAUAAGCUACAUAGUGUACUGACUAGGAAUUGGUAAAUAACGGAACUUAAGUUAUUACCAAUGAUACAUAUUGUACAAAAGAGCGAAAAAUUUAACAUAAUGGUUUUAUCUUCAAGCUGUCAACAAAUUCUGAAGAAAAGUUAUGAUAAUCAAAAGUUUUUACCACGGCACAUGUCGAGCCAGAACAUAGAGAAUAAUUUCGUUGCAUUUGUGGCGAUCCGUUCGAUCUCGAUUCGUGUGAAAAGGAAAAAGCGCAGACAAAAAAGCGAACGAGCCGAAAACGGAGAGAGGUCAGACAUUUCUCCGAUAGCCUUAUAAAGGGGAAAAGACGAAUCGCCACAAAUUCAAUGCAGAUUUUGGCUCGACGUGCGGCAUGCAACAUAAAGAUUUUGACACGGAAAGUGCCCGACCUGCCCCACUCUGAUUAACUUGAAAAUUUUUAUAUAGAAAGAUCACGUAAAUAUAACCCCUGCAGCAAAGUACUACAUCGCGCUUUACAGUCAACCUCGAGAAAACCGAGAUUAAAAAAUUACGUUUUGAAUUUCUCGCCAUAACUUUGACACUUUUAGACUUUUAUGAAUUUUUCUUUGAUAUACUGAUGGGAAACUUUUAAAUGAAUCUUAAUUUUUAAAUUUGUAAGCCGAGCUCGCCUGGAAAGUAAAAAAACGCUUGAAACACAACACCAAAUUUGUCAAACAGUCGCUUUAAAAUUUAAAACUCAAAACGCAAACUAAAAUUUUUAAUGUGUAUUAUUUGUGGUACAAUGAAGUCAUAACUCGAUUUCUACUAUGAGCCAACACUUCCUCAUACCAAACUUUAAUUAUGCCAUUUUAAAAUCGAGUUUGAAUAAUUAAAAUCCUAUUUUCAGUGGUUCCAAAUGUGCAAACCAAAACCUUCGGAGACCCAAAACUUUUCCGCGAUAACGUCAUUGGGAGUGAAAUACCAAUUCAAGGAAAACGUGGUGACAUGUCGUGCUCUGAAAUGGGUAUAUCUCGCGUUUACGUUGUUCUCCUUGACGACAUUACCGCUGAGUGUAAUACGACAUUCUGCCAUCAUGACCCAGAUUACAAACCCGGCUUUUGAGGAGAUUCUGAAUACUGUAAGUUUGAGUUUUGAUGCGGUAGGAUUAUUAUGUAAUAUGCAGUACUAGGCUUAACGCAUAGUAUGAUACGUAUUGGUACUGUAAGGUUAAAAACUUUCAGUUGUUUGUAUUAUAGUACUAGGCUUUAACAUACCAUGUUAACACAAUAGUACUGUAAUUUAAAGUAUUUUGUUAUAAUAUCAAAUUGUACUAAAGUCAGAAAUGACAUGGUACUACAUAGUACUAAACUGAGAGGUCGUUUUUACUGAGCAUUGACUUUGCGACAAGACCGUUCACUUUGAAAGCUCUGUGCUCACUGAGUACAGACCUUAAAUAUCAUGAUAAUGAUACUAAAAAUUUUUUAAAUAAAAAUUAUUUUCAGUUGAUCCAAUGCCUAAACCAACUGACAGCCAUCGCUUGUGCCGUUGUUUUAACAAGCUGCUUGCCAAAUCUAAGGAAACAAGUCGAGUCAAGUAUAUCGUCGAUGUUACCAAAGAAGCGAUCUGCCAUUUAUGCAUCAGUCGAAGAUAAGAAGCUCAGUAGUGCCAUCUAUGACACCAAGAUACACUUUCAGACAUUGGAGGACAUUUGGGAUGUAAACACCAAGAAUUGUCGUACUGUUACUUCACAGUUGUCUUAUCCUUAUUGA